GCGUUUACAGUCUCUGAUUAGGAGUAUUACCCUUAGAAGAACUAAAACAAGUAAAGUUAAAGGAAAACCCAUUUUGGAGUUACCAGAACGUAAAGUACUUAUUCAGCAUGUUACACUUACAGAGGAAGAGAGACAGAUCUAUCAGUCUGUGAAGAAGGAGGGCAAAGCUGCUAUUAGCAGAUUUUUCAGGGAAGGGACUGUACUAGCUCACUAUGCUGACAUCCUUGGUGUCCUGCUCAGAUUGAGGCAGCUUUGUUGUCAUCCUCAUCUUUGUAUAAAUACAUCUUCUAGUUUUUCAGCUGGUAAUAAAACUCCUGAAGAACUGCAUGAGACAUUAGUGAGUAAAAUGAAGUUGAUUCUGAGCUCUGGUUCAGAUGAAGAAUGUGCAGUUUGCUUGGAAUCACUGACUCUUCCUGUGAUAACACGCUGUGCACAUGUGUUUUGUAAGCCAUGUAUUUUCGAAGUCAUCAGAAGUGAACAGCCAAAUGCCAAAUGCCCUCUCUGUAGGAGUGAGCUUCGAGUACAGCACUUGGUGGAAUGUCCCCUAGAACAGGAAAUAGACUCCAGUAAUGGAAAGAAGUCUGAUCAGGAGUGGAUAUCCAGUUCAAAGAUAAAUGCUCUCAUGCAUGCUUUGAUAGAACUACGGAGGGAUAAUCCAACUGCUAAAUGUCUGGUGGUUUCUCAGUUCACAACUUUCCUGUCACUGAUAGAAAAUCCCUUGAAAGAAUCAGGGUUUGCCUUUACUCGUUUGGAUGGGUCAAUGGCACAGAAGAAAAGAGUAGAAGCAAUUCAGUGUUUCCAAAGCAGCCAAGCAGGAUCCCCAACUGUAUUGCUUUUGUCUCUGAAAGCAGGUGGAGUUGGAUUAAAUCUGACAGCAGCUUCCCGAGUGUUUUUAAUGGAUCCUGCUUGGAAUCCCGCUGCAGAAGACCAGUGUUUUGACAGGUGUCACAGGCUGGGUCAGAAGCAUGAUGUUGUCAUUACUAAGUUCAUUGUGAAGGAUUCAGUGGAAGAAAAUAUGCUGAAAAUUCAGAGCAAGAAGAGGGAACUUGCAGCAGGAGCCUUUGCUACCAAAAAGCUUUCAGCAAGUGAAGUAAAACAAACCAAAAUUAAUGAAAUUAAGGCUUUAAUUGAUUUAUAG